AUGGCGGACAGCAAAUCGAAACCCGUCAAGAUCCGCAAGGAGCUCAUUCAGGACAUCUACUCGUGCACCCCUCUCCAAGAGGGCCUCAUGGCGCUCUCCAUCGGGCGACCUGGCGCCUACGUCGCCCAAAACACCUUUGAACUCGCCGCCGCCGUUGACAUGGACCGAUUCCGCCGCGCCUGGGACGCCGUCGUCGCCGCGACCGACAUCAUGCGCACCCGCAUCGUCGCCUCGGAGAAGGCGGGCGCUCUGCAGGUGGUGCUCAAGGCCGAGGAGCCGCUGGGAUGGCAGACCGGGACCGACCUGCGCACGUACAGCGAGGGUGCGCGCAACCAGCCCGUCCAGUACGGGGCACCGCUCGUGCAGCUGGGCCUGGUGACCGACGAGGCCAGCGGCCGGCGGUACUUCGUGUUGACGACGCACCACGCCGUCUUUGACGCGUGGAGCAUGGCCCUGAUCCUGCAGCACGCGGAGGAGGCAUACCGCACCGGAUCGGCCGGCCAGGUGCAGCUGCUGCCGUUCAAGCUCUUCAUCCGGGCUCUGCGGGCCGGCCAGAGCUCGACAUCGACCGACCAGGCCUUUUGGACGGAUUACCUCGAGGGCGCCGAUCCCCCGGAUUUUCCAAUCCUCCCCGCCGCAGGAUUCGCUCCGCGUGCAGGGGCCAGAUUCGACUAUUCGAUGCGCAUGACAACUGGGGCUUCCCGAUCCAUCACUGCCGGAACCUGUGUACGCGCAGCCUGGGCGAUCCUUCUCGCCCGGUAUACCGCAGUCGACGAUGUGACGUUUGGAAUGACCCUGUCCGGGCGAGACGCCAACGUCCGUGGCAUCGAGCAGCUCGUCGGGCCCACCAUCACCACCGUCCCCGUCCGGGUCCGCGUCCCUGCUGUGUCCACAGUGGCCCAGUACCUCCAGAAAGUCCAGGGCGAAGUCACCGCCAUGAUCCCGCACCAGCACGCCGGCCUGCAGCACAUUCGCAAGAUGAGCCCGUCCGCCCGUGCCGCAGCGCAGUUCCGCACCCUGGUCGUCGUUCAGCCUGCGCUGGCGCGGGGAAAAAGCAGCAGCCAGACUCGCCAAGCAGCCUCGUCGCUGGAGAUGACGCACGUCCCUGCUGAGCUGCCGGGCUUCCACACGUAUGCGCUGGUGGUCGAGGUGAAGCUCGGCGCCGACCAAUGGACGCUCGAGGCUCAGUACGAUGAGGCGGUGAUUUCGCAGCCGCAGAUCCGGCGUAUCCUGCACCAGUUCGAGAACAUUGUCAGCCAGCUGCUGGUUGGCAAGGAGACUCGGCCGCUGGGCGAGGUCGGCACCGUCAGCCAGUUCGACCAGGACCAGAUUGGCGAGUGGAAUGCCGCGCUUCCCCCGCGCAUCGAAGAGUGCAUCCACCAGCGCAUCCUGCAGCAAGUCCGCGCACGGGUACCUGAGCGAGCCGUCUGCGCGUGGGAUGGAAGCUUCACGUACAGGGAACUUGGGCACUGGUCCGAGCGACUGGCUCAGCUCCUCGCUGGCCAUGGUGUUGGGCCGGGAGUCAAGGUGCCUCUGUGCUUUGAAAAGUCCAAGUGGGCUAUCGUUGCCAUGCUGGCAGUACUUCGAACGGGCGCAGCGAUUGUCCCUCUUGACCCAAAACACCCUGAAGGGCGAUUACGCACUAUCGCCCAGGCUGUUGGUGCCACUAUUGCGGUGACAGGGGCGUCGACGGCGUCCACCAUAGCGAAAAUUGUAGGCCGGGUGGUUACUCUCGACACUAACAGCCCUUGGAAUGAGCACCAGGCUCCAAAAAGACCCCUCACAUCCCGCGUACGGCCAGACGACCUGGCAGUGGUCAUGUUCACUUCUGGAAGCACCGGCGAGCCCAAAGGCGUGCUGCUCCGACACGACAACAUCGUCACCAGCGCGCAGGCCCACGGAGAAGUCCUAGGCAUCGGCCCGGAAUCGCGCGUAUUCCAGUUUGCCGCAUAUACCUUUGAUAUCAGUCUGCAAGAUAUUUUUACCACACUCAUCCGCGGUGGGUGCGUGUGCGUCCCCUCGGAGGAUGAUCGCCUGAACAACCUCCCCAGUGCGAUCAACCAACUACAGGCCAACCAUGCAUGCCUCACGCCCACGGUGGCCUCUCUGCUCACACCGGCGGAGGUUCCGACCAUGAAGACUCUGACCCUGGCUGGAGAAGCCAUCACACAGACCGCCGCCGAUAUCUGGUCGAGCGCCGUGGAUCUGAACAACUGCUACGGACCGGCCGAGUGCACCAUCUACUGCGCGUGGCAGGGCCAGAUCGGCGAGACAGGCCGAGUCGGAGACAUUGGCCGAGCAAUCGGAGGCGUACUAUGGGUGGUCGACCGUGACGAUCCGCAGCGGCUGGCCCCCAUCGGCGUCACUGGCGAGCUCGUCGUCGAGGGGCCCAUCGUGUCCGACGGCUACCUGAACGACCCAGGCCGCACGGCGCAGAGCCUCCUGGAUAACCCAGCCUGGCUGCAGCUGGUACAGCGUAGCGGACGUGUAUAUCGAACAGGAGAUCUAGCACGGUACAACGCCGACGGCAGCCUGCGGUAUCUGGGGCGAGGCGACAACCAGAUCAAACUGCAUGGCCAGCGAAUUGAACUCGCCGAAAUCGAAGCGAAUAUCCUGCACAAUGCAUCGGUGCAGGCGGCGCUUGUGAUGCUUCCACGCAAGGGACACUGCUCCAACAAGAUUGUGGCCCUGCUCUCGUUCCCAGGCAGGACACCGCGAGCAAAGCGAUUCGGGUGCUGGAAAGGGCAGCGAAAGAGGCGGCCAUGGCGCAGAUUUCGCGCGUCCGCCAGCACCUGUCGUCCCAGCUGCCCGAGUACAUGGUGCCGACGCUGUGGCUCCCGCUGGCUGCGCUUCCACUCAACACGUCUGGGAAGAUCGACCGGGCGGGGCUGCUGA